AUGGCCGAGUUCAAAUAUCUGAUCCACUUCGCAGAUGAGAAGGGAGAGAGAUUCUUUGCCGAUGUCGAUUCCACGAAGCCCGUCAUCGGGGCACAAAUCAACGCAUAUCGAUCAUUCGAGGACCUGAAGGGGACGCAGAAUGGCUCAAUUACCUCUAUUGCCAAGUCUCACAUCGACAUGCAGCUCCUUCCUCCUGUCCCUGCACACGAUCUGCCGAUCUAUUGCGUCGGGCUUAAUUAUAAGAGUCAUGCAAAGGAAGCAAAUCUCAAUGUCCCUGCGAAUCCCCCGGUGUGGACAAAGCCCGCUGCUGCUCUGGCAGGUCCCGACGAGACGAUCGCGAUGAACCGGUUCUGCGCGUCUCAUUUACCGGACUGGGAGGGAGAGCUCUGUUUUGUGACCUCGCGCGAGUGUCGCGACCUCACCGUUGAAGAGGCAUCCUCAUGUAUUCUGGGUUAUACCAUCGGCAAUGACCUGUCCUGCCGCUUCUUCCAGCUCCCCGAGCAGUCCGGCGGACAGUUCUUCUACGCCAAGGCCUUUGAUAGAUUCGGGCCAGUUGGGCCGGUGCUGGUCCAUCCGUCCGUCUGGCAGGAGGUUGAGAAGACAGCCCGGUUGGUAACGCGCGUGAACGGGCAAGUCAAGCAAGACUGUCACCUCAGCACGGACAUGAUCUGUGAUCCUGCGAGGAUUCUCAGUUGGAUGUCACAGGGCACUACGAUUCCCGCGUACACGAUUGUUAUGACAGGGACUCCCGCUGGGGUGGGCGCAUUCCAGACCCCUCGCCAAUUUCUCAAGGAUACAGAUUCGGUCGAAAUUGAGAUUACCGGUCUCGGAGUUCUAAGAAACCAGAUCGCGUUCGAAGAGGGCCAGGACAAUAUGCUGUGA